UACGAGAAUUAAGAAAGACAAAGGCUCUCUUUCGUAAAACCCAAAACCCUCGCCUCCUCUCUCCUCUGCGCUUCCCCGCCCCGCCCCGCAGCUCUUCUUCUUAUUCUCCUUCUCCUUCUCUAACCAGGCAGUUGAGAUCAGUCUGAUUAUUUUGUUUACUAAAAUCAUGGCGAGACAGAAACUGAAAUCGCUGAUCACAUCUUUCACUUCUGAAGGCGACUAUCUCGCCAUCUUAUACCCCACCGGAAUCGUCAAAAUUUGGAACACAAAGGGUGGAAAUCUUUUUGCUGAGUGGGCACAGUCAAAUGCCAAUUCAGAAGUUAGUUUUUCUUGUAUGGCUUGUAGUUUUAUUGGGAAGAAGCGAAGAAAAGAGGGUGGUACUUUCUUAUUAGCUCUUGGCUCUUUAGCUGGGGAAGUUUUGGCUGUUGAUGUUUUAGCUGGUGAGAGAAAGUGGAAUAUGACUGGAUGUCAUGCUGGUAGUAUUUCUGGUCUAUCUUUUACAAAUGGCGGCCGGACUCUUCAUAUGGUUAGUGAAGAAGGAAUGGCUUAUAAGAUGAACUCAGAAACUGGGGAAGUUGUGAAACAGUUCAAAGUUUCAAAGAGGCAUAUCUCUUCUACAGCUACUUCUCAUGAUGAGAAAGCCUUAGCCACAGCCCUUGGUAAGGUGCGAAUUUUUAGUUGGGAAACUGGAAAAGAGCUGCUAAAGUUUACUGCUGAUGAGGAUAUAUUGCAUCAUAUUUCCAUUGCUGAUGAAGUCAAGACCAUUAUUACAUCUGGUUCUGGUCAGAAACACCUUCAAGUGUGGAAAUGUGAUUUGAGUACUGGAGCUGUAAUAAAAGGACCUGUUCUUUCCAUGAGACGUCCUCCAAUUGCACUUGAAUGUAAGAAUGGUGCCAAUGAAGAAGUAGUUGUCCUAUCAGUUUCAGAGUCUGGAGUUGCCUAUUUGUGGAACUUGAAAACCAUCUCUGAGGAGGAAAUAACUCCAACAAAGGUGACAGUUAAACCUAGCAGAGAUGAAAUGGACUUGCAGAAUGACAGGAGUACCAGGAAGAGUCGCUUCUCAAUAAUGGCUGCCAGAUUGCAUGCCUUGGAGAGUGAUGGACGGGUUACAGUCCUUAUUGCAUAUGGUUCCACCGUGUGUCCACAGUUUUCUUUGUUGGAUAUUAGUAGCUCAGGAGAGGACAUUGUAGUAAGUCCCGGUAAUGAAAUGAAGAAAACAAGUCAGACCAUUCAAGAAAAUGGUGCUCUUCCUGUAAAAGGCUUACAUGGAAAGGAUUUGGAAGCAGUAGCUAUACCGAUCCAAAGUGAAAAGGCCAAUAAAAGACAUGCAACAUCUGAUCUGGAUCUUGCUGAUACAGAAAACAAGGUUGAUAUUGAAAUGGGUCAUGGAGAGCCAAUGCAGGGAAGGAAAAUUGAUGUGGAUCUAAAUGAGCCAACUAUGGGUGAGAAACUUGCAAAUUUAACUUUACUAGAUAAUAGUGAGAUCAAGAGCCUUGAGGAAAAUCAUGCAAAGCCUCCAAGUGCGGACUCAGUUCAUGUUUUGCUUAAGCAAGCACUGCAUGCUGAUGAUCGAGCACUUCUCUUAAAUUGCUUGUCUACCCAAGACGAAAAGGUUAUUGCAAAUUCAGUCUCACUGCUAAAUCCUGCCCAUGUUCUCAAGCUUUUAAACCUGCUGAUAACUGUAACAGAGUCUAGGGGUGCUGUGCUGGCUCGUGCCCUUCCCUGGCUUAGGAGUUUACUUCUGGAGCAUGCAAGUGGAAUAAUGUCCCAGGAAUCUUCUUUAAUUGCUCUCAAUUCUUUAUAUCAGCUCAUAGAAUCGAGAGUUUCAACUUUCCAUCCUGCUCUUCAGCUAUGUAGCCGCUUAGACUUGCUAUAUAAAGGGACUGAUGAUGGUUUUGGUGAGGAUGGCACCACACCGCCAAUUGUUUACCAGGACAAAGAUGAAAGUGAAGAAGAACCUGAGGGCGGUAUGGAAACAGAUGAAGGUGGUUCUGAUCUGGAACCAUUUAAUGAUGUUAGCGACAUUGAGGGAAGUGAUGAGAUGGAUUUUGAUUGAUGGAGACGGUGAUGACUCUUCAUGAAUUGAAAGACCUUGUUGGCUGCAAGGGAUAUUGAAUUGAAUACCUCCCGCCAAAGCAGUAACCCUAACACACUGGAUCCAGAUGUUAUUCCACUUUGAAACAGGAAACGGGGGAUGAUGAAACCAACACAUUUUGCACGAGAGGUUGCCUGGUAACUGAUUUCUUCUAUUGUAGAAUAACAUAUUUUUCAUCACUCCAAAGGUCGUUCACCUUCUUGUUACCUGUGUUUGUGUAAGAAGGUAGGUUACUAAGAAAGCCUCGAGGGCCCUCCUCACUUUUGUUUCUGUGAGAAAAUUUUUGAGUUGUAGUAGGGAACAAAUGAACUUCCCGGUUGUUUGGGUAUUCUUUCAGGUCAGGUCAGGCUGUUUGGGUUUUCAGUUUCUUUCCUAUUUUUUCUUUUUCUUUUCCCUUUGCACUGCCUGCUUGAGAAAAAAAUGGUAUAAACAUACAACUUCCAAUUGCUACACUGCAGCCUUCUGGCUGUGCUGCUUUCACUAUAUUUUGCCAGCUA